AUGGGUGAGCGGGCGGCCGGCGUGUACCACCGCGAGGCGCGCUCCGGCAAGUACCGGCUGACCUUCGCCGAGGCCAGGGCCGUGUGCGAGUACGAGGGAGGGCGCCUGGCCACGCUGCAGCAGCUGGAGGCGGCGCGGAAAAUAGGUUUCCACGUGUGUGCUGCUGGCUGGAUGGCCAAGGGCAGAGUUGGGUAUCCCAUUGUAAAAGCUGGAGCCAACUGUGGCUUUGGCAAGACUGGGAUUGUCGAUUAUGGAAUUCGCCUCAACAGGAGCGAGAGGUGGGACGCCUACUGCUACAACCCCAACGGUGAGGAGCAGCCACAGGGCUGGUAA